AUGCAGCGGGACAUGGCUGUCCCCACCCUGCGGACCCCCAGCCCUGGCGGUGCCACCGGCUGUCCCCGAGCCCACCGACUGUCCCCAAGCCCACCGGCUGUCCCCAAGCCCAGCGCAGCCCCCCUGACCUCCGAUACCCCCGCGGGUCACUCCGGCCAGCGGUGCCACCAACGCAGGGGCGACAUCGCGGUGCCCACCCUCCCGCGUGUCCCCCCUCACCGCUGCCAUGCCUGGAGCUGCUCCUGCACCCCCACCCCGAGCCCCCCGGACCCCUCCCCAGCACCCACCUCCCUCCCGGCGCCGCGGGGUCCCGGUGGCCCCGGGCUGUCCUGCCGGUGUCCCCGGGGCCGCGGCGGGAGCCCGGCGGCGGGGCCGGCUCCGCGUCCCCUCCUCUCUGCCCACAACAAAGGAAUUCUGCAAACCUCGCUGCCGUCACAUCUCACAGCGGCGCUGGCCACGCCCCCAUUGUCCCGCUGUCCCAGUGCCCCGAUCCCCGCAGUGUCCCCUCCGGCCCCGCUGUCCCCAGCCUGCACCCCAUCCCUGACAGGGUCCCCUCAGUGUCCCCAGCAUGUCCCCCGCGCCAGGGCCACCUUCCCUCACCCCGGCCCCCACAGUGUCACCCCCAGUGUCCCCCGUCCCCGCUGCGUCCCCAGCCCGGAUCCGUCCCGCUCCUGCCACAUCCCCGCCGGUGUCACCGUCCCCAUCCUGCACAGCCCCGCCGCUGUCACCGUCCCCGUCCCCAUCCCCGCCGGUGUCACCGUCCCCAUCCCCAUCCCUGCCGGUGUCACCGUCCCCGUCCCCGCCGGUGUCACCGUCCCCAUCCCUGCCGGUGUCACCGUCCCCGUCCCCAUCCCCAUCCCCAUCCCCGCCGGUGUCACCGUCCCCGUCCCCGCCGCGGGCCCCCCCACUCCCGCAUUCCCCACCCGGCUCCAUCCCGCUCCUGCCGUGGUGGCGCCGGUGUCGCUGCCGGUGUCACCGCCCCCAUCCCCGUCCCCGCAGCACUGCCGGUGUCACCGUCCCCACCGCCGCCACCGGGCCCCGCAUUCCUGCAGCCCCCGCAGCCCCGCCGCGUCCCCAGCCCGGAUCCGGCUCGGAUCCUGCCGUGGAGCUGCCGGUACCGGUGUCGGUGUCGCUGUCACCGUCCCCAUCCCCGCCCCCAGCGCGGAUCCGUCCCGCUCCUGCCGUAGCCGUGCCGGUGUCACCGUGCCCACGGCCGGCCCGCAGCGGGGGCGGUGCCGGUGCCGGUGCCGGUGCCGGUGCCGCACGUACCUGCUCCGUGCUCAGGGCGCGCCGGGACUCAUCGCCGCCGGUAGAGCCGAGCAGCCCCGCCGGCACCGGGGGUUAAAAGCGGCCCUGGGAGCGGGGGCAGCGGGCCGGGCCCCCCCCGGAGGGGGCCGAGCCGGGCCGGGCCGGGCCAAUCGCGGCUGGCGGCGGGCCGGGCCCCCCCGCCGGUGCCGCCGGAUGGAUCCGUGGAAACCCGAGAGCAAAGUUCUCAUUUCCGACUCCAUUGUGCCCGACUUUCGGUGGCGUUUCCUGCCUUUUGUGAGCCCCCCCUGCUCCGGCACAAUCCCGGCGUUGCCGGCGCACAGAGCUCCUCUGUUCCCCUCCUUUAUGCGGCUGCAGCUGGCGGGCCCGGCCCGUGGAGGGAUCGAUGGGCUCACCCCGCGUUCCCUCUGGGCCCAGCGCGUCCCACGCGUCACCCACCCCAAAAAGCUCCCCCACAGCUGCUCGCAGCCCGACCCCGGCCCUCGAGAGGGCCCCGGAGCCUCUCGGGGACCCAGAGGGACGCGGGGAGCGGCCGCGGGCGGUUGGGGUGCGGUGACAGCGCCGAGGGGCGCCCGCUGCGAGGGGCAGGGACCCGCGGGGACCCCGCGGCUGCUCCGGCCCCGGGCUGGGGGGUCCCCGCUGCUCGAGUGUCCCCAAACCCCCAGGGGACAGCGGGGGGCCGACUUUGGUGACACGAGUGACAGGAGUUUGGACAGAGCCAAACCGGGCGGGCGGCGGGGCCGGGAGCGUCCCGAGCCGCUCCGGUUCGGGCUGCUGGCACCGCGGCGCCCCGGAGCCUCGCCGGGCACAGAGCGGCCCCGGAGCGCGGCCCGGUGUCCCCGCACGGCCGCGGGGGGCUCGGGGGGACCCCGCGCCGAGCCCCCGGAGCCGCUUGUUAUUCCGCUCAGCUCCGCCGGCGGCUAA